AGGCCAGCCUGACCACGUAAUGGAUUUCUGACCAGUCAGGGCUAUGUAUUGAGACUUUUUCUUAAAAACAAGAACAACAAAAUUAGUUUCAGUGAAGAAAGUAGUCUUUUCAAAAAGUUGUGAAUAAUAUUCACAGAGACAUACGGGUCUUAUUUAGGUCACCACAGCUGUUGUGAAUUCAUGAGAGCAACAGCCUGUCAUAUCUAGAACCCAGCAUUUCACAGCUCCUCUCUCCAUCCUCCAGCUCUUAGAUUCUCUCACCCCUUUUCCAGGCUGCUCCCAAGUCUUUGGUGUCCCUUUGGGGUCCACACACUCAGGUCACCUGUUCUUACACUGAUGAGUUGUGAGUCUAUAUUAACAGUCCCUGCCGAAAGAAGUGUCUCUGACUGACGUGCAUAGUCACACAGAUCCCUGGGGAUGAACACAAAUAUUUAGCAGGUGGUCUGAUAACAUGUCCACUUAGCAUAAUAACAAUAGUAUGUUCCCUCCGAGGGUCAGUGACCUUCCUUAGCCAUGGCCUUUUGACCAGCUUUACAGUCCUGGUCAUGGAUUCACUCCUGUGGAACUGGCCUCAGAUCUAAGCAGAAGUAAUUGAUUAUCGUUUAUAACAGUCAUUCUACUAACUGCUGUAGUGGGCACACCAUGCCUAUCAGGGUCUAGCUGGGUAGGACCAUCCGUGGUACCCUGCCCCCAGUGGUCUGCAUAACAUCUUCUAAGCUAAGUACAAAAUGAAGUUUUUUAAAAAAGGAGUUUGGAUGGGAGGAACCCUGAAUGGGUGGGCUGUGCUGUUCUCAGAAGACAUGAUUAAUAAAUGAAAAUCUCAGUGCUCAGCAUCGUAGCCCUACGAGUUAGUGGUCAGGGAGGUUCUGGAGGUUUUCCAGACAGCACAGGUUAUUGUCUUUGUCCUUGGUUGCCAGUCACAACUGGAUGGUAACACUCCACUGCUUGUGUUUCAGGGCAUAGAAGAACUCGUCUUGAACUGACUAGGAAACAUACUCUCUGCUGUCUAGCUUUUAUAUGACCCAUUUCUGUGAAACUUCCGGGUUAGACAGAAUUAUGGAGGUAGAUAGGAGAUGAUUAGUUAGUUCCCGGGUUCGGGGAGGCGUGACGGCAGAGGGGCCGGAAAAACUUGUUGUUGUUAUUGACCCUGUGCUUCUUAGUGUGUCUGUCAGGAGACCUAGUGUCUCCCAGCAAGGCCCGUCCUUGAUGUUAAGCACAAGCGAGGCAGCAUGUGGGGGAUCUCUUAACCUGAAAUAAGAUGCAGAGCUCCGGAACAUCUGCAGGGACCUGCCCUUCUUGAUCUCUUCACACUCUGGAGUUUGAGUUAGGUUGUCCACAGGCUCUCCUGCAUCAUGGCUCUUUUGGUCUUUUUUGUUGUUGCUGUUUUUUUGGGGGUGAGGUGGGGGUUGGGGCAAGCCUCACCUUGCCAGCCCUGGCUGGCCUGAAACUGACCGAAGAGCCGGCUGUCUGGUUGAACGAGCAGAGACAUACUUGCCUCUGCGCCCCAAGUGCUAGGGUUCAAAGGCUGGCGUGCACUACCAGCUUCCUCAUGCUUGCUUUUUCCAGCAGCAUCUUGUUACCAUGAAACUACAAAAUGACAGAUAGCUUGGAUGAAUUUAUUGAAGAGCAGAAAGCAAAACUGGCCAGAGACAAAGCCGAACUGGAAGGUGAUCCACCUUACAUGGAAAUGAAGGGAAAGGCAUCAGAGAAACUCUCUGAAAGCAGCAAAAUACUAAUCUCUAUGGCUAAGGAGAACAUACCACCGAACAGCCAGCAGCCCAAGGGAUCCUUAGGAAUUGAUUAUGGAUUAAGUUUACCACUUGGAGAAGACUAUGAACGGAAGAAACAUAAAUUAAAAGAAGAAUUGAGGCAAGAUUAUAGACGCUAUCUUACUCAGGGCAUUACACAAGCAAAAAGAAAGAAAAAUUUUCUAUCUACGGGUGAAACAGACCCAUCUACUCUGGGAGUUUCUCUUCCUAUUGACGAGCGGUUAUCUGCCAAGGAAAGGUUGAAACUUGAGCGCAACAAAGAAUACAAUCAAUUUCUCAGGGGUAAGGAAGAAUCCAUAGAAAAGGCCAGACAGGUAGAAAAGAAUAUUGAGCCUAAGAGCCAAAGAAAUAAAAACCCUGUUAGUCACGGCAAACCUGAUCUACCUCCACAGAAACAGACUUCAUACAUACAUUCAGAGGCCCCGACAUAUGAAGAGCUUCUAAACCGAAGACGGCGGCGGGAGGAGAGCGGAUAUCAACAACUAGAUGAUGACAUUGAGUUAGUCAGUAGAAGACUUCUUAAACAGACGAAUGCAGAAGUAGGCAUUUCUGGUACGAAACCAAGCUUUGCCAGCAAGGCUGGUGUUCCGGAGCGAAGAGCUCGAAGGGUUAAUGAGGAGCAAGUGCCUGACAGACAGUACUGUAGAUCUGACCGAGAUCUUGACGUCAGUGAAGAAAUGGACGAGAGAUUUCGAUUUGAAAGUGACUUUGAUAGAAGACUUCUGAGAGUAUAUCCAGAUGAGAGGCCACAGGGAAACAGACAAAGGAAUGUACCUCUUAGGGAGAAUGAGGAUGGUGUCACAGACCAGUCAAACGGACGGAUUUCAUCUGCUGGAAAUACAAGUGCUCAGGAUAAUGAACCACCUGAAUCUGCUCAUCGUGGCUCUGCUGACCCCCUUAUCUGUAGUCCCUUUGCAGGGAUGCUCUUUGGAGGCGAAGAUCGAGAAGCUCUCCGGAGAAAGAAAGAGAUAUAUAGGCAAGAACUCCUGGAACAGAUGGCUGAGCAGCAGAGGAAGAAGAAACGAGAAAAAGAUUUACGACUUUCACUUGCGGCGGCUUGUGUACGAGGCCCUGAAAAAUCGCCUGAUAGACUAAAGCAGUUUAGUUUGACACCAAGACCCUUUGAAGAGAUGAUACCACCUGAGAGACCCAGAGUAGCUUUCCAGACACCUCUCCCUCCUCUCUCUGCCCCGCCUGCCCCACCCGUCCCGUCAGUUCACUCCGCCCCUUCUCCAAAUGAAGACUUGCACAGUGGACUCAGCAGCACCCUUGGGGAAAUGGUGCAUCCCAGGAUUAUGCCUCUGCCUCCACCUCCUCUACUACCCACUAUGGCCAGUAACUAUCGGACGCCUUACGAUGACGCAUACUAUUUUUAUGGUGCCAGAAAUACACUUGAUCCCAGUAUUGCUUACUGUGGCCCAGGAGUGAUGGGGGGACCGCCUGCUCCCCAUGUCUCUGCCCCUGUCACUCACCAUGUCGUGCAGCCUGUUGUGAAUCCUGUUGGACAGAAUGAACAGAAAAUUUUAGGUGAUCGAUUCAUGAAUUCAGGACUGAUCUUUGAAGAUAAACCAAAACCUUCCAAACAGUCACUUCAGUCUUACCAAGAAGCUCUGCAGGAGCAGAUUCGGGAAAGAGAAGCAAGAAGGAAGAAAGAACGCCUAGAAAAAGAAGAAUAUGAAGCUAAAUUGGAGGCUGAAAUGCGAAUUUACAACCCCUGGGGGAAGGGCGGAGGUGGCGCUCCUCUCCGAGAUGCCAAAGGAAACCUGAUAACUGAUUUGAAUAGGAUGCACAGACAGAAUGUAGAUGCCUACCAUAACCCAGAUGCAAGGACACACGAAGAUAAAAGGGCUAUUGUGUCUAUAGACCAAAACUUAGCCACUUCAAGUGCUGAGAACCUAGAAGACUCUGCAAAUAAAAACCCAGGUCUUGUGCAAGCACAGAGCUCUCCCUUUGCCCGGGGAAACACAUUCGGUGAGCAGCCCACAGAGCUUCAGAUUAAAGAGCAAGAAUUAUACAAGAAUUUCCUUCGUUUUCAGAUCGAGGAAAAGAAACAAAGAGAAGAAGCAGAGCGCGAGAGGCUGAGAGUGGCCGAGGAGAAGGAGGAAAAGCGGCUUGCGGAGCAGAGGGCAAGGAUUCAGCAAGAGUACGAGGAGGAGCAGGAGAGGAGGAGGGAGAAGGAGGAGGAGCAAAGACUAAAAAAUGAAGAACUCAUUCGGUUAGCUGAAGAGAGACGAAAAGAAGCAGAAAGAAAGAAGAAAGAAGAGGAAGAAAAACAUAACUUGCAACUUCAGCACUACUAUGAGAGAGAAAAUAUGAUCGGAGAUGAAACAAAGCAUUUGAGACAACCUUCUCCUGUGGUUCCUGCUCUUCAGAACAAAAUGGCCAGCAAAGCCCAGAGACCUCCUUCAGUCGACACCAUCAUAAGCUCCUUCAUUCAUGAAAGCUCCCUGUCCAGGGCACAGUCUCCUCCAGUUCCUGCGAGGAAGAACCAACUCCGUGCAGAAGAGGAGAAGAAAAAUGUGAUUCUGGAGCUCUCAGAAAUGAGGAAGCAGCUCCGCAGUGAAGAGAGGCGUCUGCAGGGGCGGCUGCAGCACCUGGACAGUGAUGACGAGACCCCCCUCAGGAAGAGAGAAAGGAACCCCAUGGACAUAUUUGACAUGGCCAGGCAUCGGGUACAAGCUCCCGUCAGAAGACCGUCCCCGAAGGCCUUGGAUGCUGCUACUUUUCAGAAUAUUCACGACUUCAAUGAGCUGAAAGAGAGAGAUUCAGAAACACGAGUGGAUCUCAAAUUAAUGUACCCCGAUCCUCCACGAGAUCAUGACACCUUAGAGAUCCAGCAGCAGGCCCUGCUACGGGAGCAGCAGAAGAGACUGAACAGGAUAAAAAUGCAGGAAAAUUUGGGAGUUGAUUUCGACACCAUGUCCAGUGGGAAAGUACAGGGGUACAGAAUGCCCAGAGAUGACACUAAUGACUUUUUGAAAAAUUCAUUACUGGAAUCUGACAGUGCUUUUAUUGGUGCUUAUGGUGAGACGUAUCCUGCCAUUGAAGAGGAUGCCCUCCCUCCACCGUCACGGCUGCCCUCCGCCAGGGAGCGCAGGAGGAACAAGUUGAAAGGACUGGAUUCUGAUAGUAGUCGGCUCCACAUCCCACCAGAUGGUCUCUCUUUAAAAUCUGUCUCCAGUGUAAAUGUCGAUCAGCUCAGAACGAGAAAUGAAGACAGAAUGAGAAGACUGAACGAGCAUCAGAAGAAACCCACUAACACAGAUGAUGAGAGUUCACUGGUUGACCUUGAUGACAUCAUGAAACACUUGGGUGAGGAUGGAUCCAACUCUGUGGCAACUGAGCCCUGGCUCCGCCCAGGCACCUCUGAAACUCUGAAACGGUUCAUGGCAGAGCAGCUGAAUGAGGAGCAGCGGCAGGUUCCUGGAAAGCCAGGCACUUUCACUUGGCAGGGCCUGUCUGCUGCACACGCUUAAUUCAAAAUAAACCCUCUCUGGACCCAGCAGUGCCUUUUACAAUGGAAGGAACAUUCAGUCUGUAUCUGGAAUGCCUUGCUUGUGGCCCUACCCAAAUUUUAGUUAUUUAUGUUCUAGCUAUAUAGAAAGUGUAUUUUUCCCAUGAUGAUACAUGUUUUAUACAUAUUAUAUAUAAUGUAUAUAAAAAGCCCUGAUUAUUGAUUUAUAACAUAAUUGUAUAGAAUUAUUUUUGCAAUUUUGCCAUGGGUGGUAAUGAACUCUUGAUUUAACUACCAUAUGUGCAUUAAUUCUGCUUGCCAUUCAGAGGUGAGGAAGUGUUAACAGUACUGUGAAACAGACCACAUUUCACUAGCACACCAGCCACUGUUCGCGUUGUGUCCAAACAGUUCAUAGUGAAUGCACCUGCUGUGGCUGUGACUAGUCCAGCUGCUAUGUAAGUGAGCGACUCCAACAAGCCACACUCAUCUUCACGCCAUGUGUAGCUACAGAUUUCACAGGAGUGAAGGGAGCUGUGACCAUCUCACCUCCACGAGCCAUCUUUCUGCCUCCAUUUUAUUUUUAUGUUGAUAAAAGCACCGACUCACUCAGUUACUAAUUUAUCUGAUUUCACUAUUUCUUGAUACAAAUAAAGUUUUAUUUUUAUUAACUA